GAAAGAAAUAUAAGGAAAAUUAAUUUUUAAAAAUGUAUGCUGCUAUAGCGCUAAUGGACGCCGAGGAAUCCGAAGAAAGGGAAAGGCGGAUACAGAGGAGGAGAUUGCGAGACCACACCAAUGUAAUGGAACUACCUGAGACUGAAUUUGUUGCAAAUUUCCGAAUCAAUAAAGAAAUAUUCCAAUACAUAUUAAACGAAUUAAAAGAGCACAUGGCUCCAUCACAUAGAAGCACCCACCUAUCGCACCAGCUAAAACUCGCUACUUUUUUAAGAUUUCUCGCCACUGGCAGUUACCAAAAAUCUGUUGGUAACGAAAAUAUUUCGUCGAUGGGGCAGUCAACUGCAGCCAACGUGAUCAGAGAAUGCCUAAAUAUUUUUGAGGACCAUUUUUGCCAGAAAUGGGUGAAUUUUAGGAGAAACAUCGAUGAGGAAAAUGCAGUUACAGAAUAUUUCUUUGAGAAAUACGGGAUACCUGGGGUUAUUGGUUGUGUUGAUGGAACACAUGUUCGUAUUAAGUCGCCCGGAAGUGACAACCACCAUUUAUACCUCAAACGAAAGGGUUUUUACAGUAUUAAUGUAAUGGCGGUAGGUUAA